AUUUCAUUGUUCUUUCUUCCACCCAGAUCUCAAAGCGCGUGGAAAACACGUGCAACGCGUAUUCGCCACGUGUUAUCCACUUUUUCAUGUUUUGACUUUUUUGUAGUACUAUAAAUAAUGGGUUUGGGUAUGAAGGUGUCGUUAAGUGUAAUUUGUGUGAGUCUAAUAUUUACAGUAUUGAAAAUGUCACAGUUAUUGGACAAAGCCAAAAACUUUAUUGCUGAGAAAGUUGCUGAUAUGCCUAAACCUGAGGCAAAUAUUACAGAUGUUGACUUCAAGGACGUGACACGUCAGUCUGUUGAGUAUUUGGCUAAGGUCAAUGUUUCAAAUCCUUAUUCUACUUCUAUUCCAAUUUGUGAGAUCAAGUACUCUUUCAAAAGUGCUAACAGGGAGAUAGCAUCAGGAACCGUACCAGACCCAGGAUCGUUGAAAGCUAGUGACACAACAUUGCUUAAUGUGCUAGUGAAGGUGCCUCAUAACAUAAUUGUUAGCUUGGUAAAGGAUAUUGGUGCUGAUUGGGACAUUGAUUAUCAAUUGGAUAUUGGUCUCGUUAUUGAUCUACCUAUUAUUGGCAAUUUCACCAUUCCUCUUUGUCAAAAGGGAGAGAUCAAGCUCCCAAGCAUCUCUGACUUCUUUGCCUAGUUUGAUCCACUAUGAGGGAUAUAUAAUAGACUAAUAAAAUAAAAUAAAUAAAAGCACCAUUAUGUUUUUACUUUUACAUCAUUUUCGAUUUACUGGUGUUUCCUUUUCCUUUUGGUUGAACUUUAUGUUGGAUACAAAUGUUAUAGUGCUAUGCAUGACUAAAGUAUUUGAAAUCAAGGUUUUUAGUGGAAGUUUUUUUUUA